GGGUGUCCGGUGGUCCCUCACCUGCCAGGUUGAGGUCCGAGAGUGGUCCGGUUGUCCCUCACCUGCCGGGGCUCGUUCCAAGGCUGGUCCGGGAUCUCUCACCUGCCGGACUGAGGUCCAGUGAGGUCCAGGAUCUCUCACCUGCCGGGGCUCGUUCCAAGGCUGGUCCGGAUGUCUCUCACCUGCCGGACUGACUUCCAAUGGGGUCCGGGCUCUCUCACCUGCCGGGGCUCGUUCCAGUGCGGUCCGGGCUCUCUCACCUGCCGGACUGAGUUCCAGUGGUGUCCGGGCUCUCUCACCUGCCGGGGCUCGUUCCAGUGCGGUCCGGGCUCUCUCACCUGCCGGACUGAGUUCCAGUGGUGUCCGGGCUCUCUCACCUGCCGGGGCUCGUUCCAGUGCGGUCCGGGCUCUCUCACCUGCCGGGGCUCGUUCCAGUGCGGUCCGGGCUCUCUCACCUGCCGGGGCUCGUUCCAGUGCGGUCCGGGCUCUCUCACUUGCCGGACUGAGUUCCAGUGCGGUCCGGGCUCUCUCACCUGCCGGACUGAGUUCCAGUGCGGUCCGGGCUCUCUCACCUGCCGGACUGAGUUCCAGUGCGGUCCGGGCUCUCUCACCUGCCGGGGCUCGUUCCAGUGCGGUCCGGGCUCUCUCACCUGCCGGGGCUCGUUCCAGUGCGGUCCGGGCUCUCUCACCUGCCGGACUGAGUUCCAGUGCGGUCCGGGCUCUCUCACCUGCCGGGCGGGCGCGGUUCGGGCUCGCGGGGCGCGGCGGCGCCGGCAGGGGGCGCUCCCGGGCGCGGCGGCCGGGCCCGCUGUGGCGGCGGCGGCGGCGGCGGCGGCGAAGACGAUGUUCAAAAGCGGGCGGGGAGCGGCGGCGGCAGCAGCUCCGCGCCGAGCCCCGGGCCGCCGCCAUGCGCCUCCGCGCCGCCGCCGCCGCCCUCUGCCUCUGCCUGCUGGGAGCCUGCCGCCUCCGCCGCGGGCUGGAGGCCGCCGCCGUGCGCGGCCCGGCUGCGGCCGCUCCCCAGCGACCCUCGGCAGCCGCGCCUUCCUCCGCCUCCUCCUCCUCCGCCGCCGCCGCCUCCCCCUUCUCCUCCCCGCCGCGGAGGGACGGGGCUCUCCGCAACGGCACGGUGGUGCCGCAUCAUUACAUGGUGGCCCUGUACCAGCGGCUGGCCGCCCGCCGCGCCCCCGGCCGGCGCGCCGACACCGUGACGGGCUUCGCGGAGCGGGCGCGCAGCGAUGCCUCGCCAUCCGCCCUGGAGCAGCGGUACCUCUUUGACAUCUCCAGCCUGCCCGAGGCAGAGGAGGUGACGGGCGCAGAGCUGCGGAUCCUGCGCUCGCUCCCGGAGAACCAGAGCCUGGCCCAGUCCCCCGAGGGCACCUUCCACCACCUGCUGCUCGCCAGCUGCCCCAGCCGGGACGGCGAGCAGCCCCGGCUGCUGGACUCCCGGGCUGCGGACGUUUCGGACGCGGGCUCCUCCAGGUGGGAGGUGUUCGAUGUCCGGGAGGCCCUGCGGGCUCGGAGGCAGAGCUCUCUCUCGGGAAAGCCGCUGUGCUUCCAGCUGAGGACGGUGUCGGCUCGGUCGGGGCAGCCGCUGCCGCCCCGGCAGCUGGGCUUCGGCAAGCCGCGGCCGCAGCCCCACGAGCGCGCCCUGCUCGUGGCCUUCUCCCGCGCCCAGAGGAAGGAGAACCUCUUCAAGGAGAUCCGGGAUAAGAUCAAGGCCCUGGGCAGCCCCCCCUUCCUGGAGCCCCCCGACCCCGGGCAGGAGGCGUAUCCCAAGCGGAGGAAGAGGAGGACCACCAUCGCCGCCCGCUCCGGGGGCAGAGGCCACGGCAAGAAGGCGAAGACCCGCUGCAGCAGGAAGCCCCUGCACGUGAACUUCAAGGAGCUGGGCUGGGAUGACUGGAUAAUCGCCCCCCUGGAUUACGAGGCCUAUCACUGCGAGGGGGUCUGCGACUUCCCGCUGCGCUCGCACCUGGAGCCCACCAACCACGCCAUCAUCCAGACCCUGAUGAACUCCAUGGACCCCGAGUCCACCCCCCCGAGCUGCUGCGUGCCCUCCAAGCUCAGCCCCAUCAGCAUCCUCUACAUAGACUCUGGCAACAAUGUGGUUUACAAACAGUACGAGGACAUGGUCGUGGAGACGUGUGGCUGCAGGUAGCAAUUUCUGCAGCUCUCCUGCCCCUCCUGGCCUUGCUCAGCAGCCCUGCCCGUUUUAUAUAUAUAUAUAUAUAUGAAUAUAAAUAUAUAUAUAUAAAAUAUAUAUAUACACACACAUUCACAUUUUGGUGUGUGCCUUUCCAAAAGCCAAGCUCAGAGCAGGUGUCCCCUGUCUUCCCUGGGUUAGCCUGGCCAUGACCCCAAGAGGAUGGGGGAUGCCCCUCUGAGACUGUGAGGCUGCCACCAUCUCUGUGCCUUGCCUGUUCCCCCCUGGCAAGGGGGACACAUAGCCUGGCAGAGCCCCAAGGGAAUAAUCUCCUCAGCCUCUGAGCUUUUCCUGAUGCACUUGGUUUGCAUAAGUGGAGCUGAAAACUUCUUUUCCCAAAGGUUUUGGAAAAUGUCUAGCCAAAAUUGUCUUGGUGGGAAUGAUGACCUGGGGUGGAGGUGGAAUGGUGUCUGUGGCAGAGGGAUUUGGUCAGCAUCACCCUCUGGCUGUGGCAGUGGGAUGGAGGUGAGGUAGGAAUGCUCUUUUCUUUGAGUUAAAGGAGUUUUUUUGGCAGUUUUCAAAUUACUGCCCUGGCUUUCCUAGUGGAAAAAUAAGGAUUCCCUCCUAGGGGAAGGCAGGGAGUAGAGAACCUGUGGCUGGUGUGGGUUGUAAUCCCUUGGUCCAGGCCUGUUUGCAGUGGGGAGAGGUUUGUGAGUCUGUUGGGGGAGACAGGAAAGAAGGAGAACCAGAGGCUAGAAGAGUCAGGUCUGAAGCAGAGCUUGUGCUCUUAAAAAGAUGGAGGUGGCCCCUGGAGGUGUUAGCUGGAGAUGCCUCACUCCACAUGGUCAGGAAUGCUGGUGCUGUUGUCUGUGUCCUGCAGGAGGUCCUGGUUGGGAGCCCCCUCCCUUUCCUGCCCCAAACUGUGUUUCCAAGGCAUACUGGGAGCCCAGCCACAGGCCCACAAGUCACACAGCCAUCCUGAGCAUGUCUGGAGAGAAACAAAGGUCCCAAGUUCCCUGGGGAAGAGCCAUUUCACUUGGGUUCUUCUCUUUCCAAAUAAUCUCUAUAAAAGCACUAAGCUCCACCCUAUCUUCCUUUGGCAUCGAUUUCCCAGGGAGCUGAUUCCCUCCUGGGAGUGCUGGCUGCUCCCUGCUCCAUUAAGGGAGCUGGAUCCUCCAGGAAGAGACCUUUCCCAUGCAGAGGGCUGAGUCUACCCUCAGGGAUUGCUGUGUGCAGUGGGGUGCUUUGACUGUGCUGAACAGGCUGCAGGGUUUUAGUAACUCAUAAAUUACUGUGUAUAAAUUACACCUUUAAACCAGAGAAGCUCUUCAUCCAUACCAGGGUGUGCUUUGGAUGCUGGGAAGCAUUUCUGGUGCACCUCAGUGGCUUUUGGUACCAAACUUUGGCUUCCUGGGUGGGUUGGCUUAGAUCAGAGAUGUAUUUGCACAGAUUUUGUGUCUGAUGGUUUGUUUUUUUUCUUGUGGGCAGGGUGUUGGUGUGUAAGCAUCAGUGCUUGUUAGUGAUGCUUGAUGUAGUUUGCUUUUGGAGGAGAUAAAUCCCUGCUGGAAAACAUGGGAUUUUUCCUACAUAAAUCCAGUUGUCCUCCAUGGCAGGGAUGUUCUGCUGGGAAGGCUGAGCCUGGCCAGGGCAGAGAGGAGGUUGCCUCAAAGAGCUCUACUGAGAUCCAAAUAAUUUCAAAGACCAGAAACCCUUGGUGAGGUUCAACAGCCCCUUCCCCCCAUGUGCAUCAGUAGGAAGUAAAUGUGUCCAUUGAAAACAGUGACAGAUCCACUGGGAUUACACCCCAGCCUCCCUCCAUCCUCGCCCACAGACCCUGCUCUGCAUCCUCAGGCUGUGCCAGGUGGCAGCUCAGAGGCUGUGUGGUUCCCAAAGUCUCAUGUACCCCCUUGACCCCUGCAGAGCUCCUCUGGCUUUACACCCUUGCAUCCAAGAGGAAAAGCCAUCUCCCUACCUCAGCAUGGAUGUUAAUGAUGGGCCUGUGUCCGGGUUUGAAGGACAGGUGUCUGCCAAUAAAGGCAGAAGCUUCUCUCUGAAAUGGAGCAUGUAAACCCCCUCCCUCCAAAUUAUUAUAAUUUUGAAAUUGAUUUGAUUGCCCCAUCUUGUCCUAAAGAUGGCCCAUUAGCAGAUAGUGUGUGCCACAGAUGGUGAUAGAAUACACAUUAACCCAACACAACCUGUCUCCAGGGAGAUGCUCAGAAUUGGAGGUUGUGGGUGGGAGGGAAGGCAGGAUCAGGUCCAUGCUGUGGGUUUUCUCCCUGUUGGUAUUUGGGGAGACUGAGGUUCCUGAGUGGGUGAGGAGGGGUCAGCAGAGGGUUUGUGGAUUUCCUCUGCCCUUUGGCUUUGGCACAGCUGGCUGGGGAAGGAUGUUGGCACAGCAGUGCUGGAGCUGCUGGAUUCCACAUCAGUUGUAAAGUUACCAAGCUUUGCAAGUACCUAAUUUUUCAAUUGCCUUCAGUUGUUUGAUAGUUUUUCUCACUGCUGGGACAAUUUUUAAAAAUGUUUUUGUUUCUUUUACCCCCUCCCCUUCCUCCAAAUAUUUGUGGUGAAGAUUCAUGGGCAGUUCAAAUGCAAGCAAGAUAUAUAUAGCUCCUGGCAGCCCCUGCUGGCUGGUGGCUCCUGUGAGCCUCCACCAAAAAGGUGUCCUGAGACCUGCUCGUGUGGUGCUGUGUCCAAGGGCUGGUAAUGCCAGUGACUCCCAGUUCUUGUAUUUUUUCAGCCAGAGUUGCAGGGAACAGACAGAUGUCACCCUCCUCAGGUCUGGAGGUGGCAGACAGAGUAGGGUGACAGGUUGGGUCUUGAAACACUUCACCCCAACCCUGAUUCUGGGGCAGUGCCCACUGCUGGGGCUUUAGUCCUGAGCCCCAUGAUGGCUUUGCUGAUGCUGGGGACAAAAGCAGAGGCUCAGUUGCUGCAGUUCCAUGGAUCACCACCAUAGACGAGAGGAGAAGAGCUGGGGAGAGCACAGAGGCUGCUGCUGGCAGCGAUGCUGUCCAUGGUUUGGGAACCCAACCUGGCUCUCCCAGCUCUGGGCAUCCCUGGGGCCUGUGCCAAGUGCCACCUGUUCCUUUCCUGGGGCUCUGGGGGUCACUCUGCUGCUCCCCAGAGCGAGUACCAGCUGCAGGGCUUGGCUGCCACAUUGCUCCUUGCUCCCACAGCAGCACUUCCAGAGCAAAGGCACCACUGCCCCCCUCAUGAAUCCUGCAAGGGCUGCCUCUCCACCCCAGGCAGGCUUGGAGAUUGCACCAAACUGUGGGAUUAGUCUUGGGCAAAAUGUGUAGAGGUUUAGAUUAAAUAUUUGAGGAAGAAAAGUCACAGAAAGAGUUGUAAAGCUCUGCCCAGGGAAGUGUAGAGUCACCAUCCCUGGAAGUGUUCAAAAACUGUGUGGAUAUAUUUGAGGAGAUAAUUUAAUGGUCAAUAUGGACUUGAUCUUUCCCAGCCUUACAUGAUUCUGAAUGGAAGUGGUGGGUGUGAAAGCCUUUCCUGGGCAGGGAGGUUCUCUCAGCUGAGUUGUUGCAGCCCUGCACUGCUGGGCAGCACAGGGAUGUGUCUGUAGAGGGCAGGGAGCAGUGAAUCCUGCUUGGUGAGAGGUUGGUGGGGCACUGGCUGCAGGAUGGUGGUAGCCCAGCCCAGCCCUCAUCCCUGGAGCUGCUCCUCUGCAGAACAUCACCCUCUAAUGCCAAAGGAAAGGUCCAGAAAAAAUGUAUUUCUGAUCAGUUGCCUCUUGCCUGAGCUGAUUUUUGGGAGCACAUAAACUUUAUAAAUAUGAGACUAAAGGUUGAAUGUGGACAAAUAUUAAUUCAGCAGUCUCAGAGUGAUUUUAAUGGAUAAUUAUAGGUUCUCAGUCUGCAAUAUUUAUACAACCUUUCCAGUUAAAAAAAAAAAAAAAAAACAAAAAAAACAACAAACCCAAACAGUUUCCAUGCAGUGCAUAUUCUCCUGGAGGAUUUGUUUGACCUUGAGCACCAUUUUUAUCUGCAGGAUAUAAUUACUAGUGAAACUAGAAAUAUUGAGCAUUUGGAAAGGACUAUGUAUCCAUGCUUAACUGGCUCCUUCCACUCUGACACGGGAAUGUAAUUGCACAGGAGUAGGGAAACUUGCAGAAUGAUCUCAUUUGACUAAGGAGCACUGGGGCUGGGAUUUGGGGAAGCCUGCCCAGCUGGGACAGGGACUGACUGGUGUGUGUGCCUUGUCUGGGGGUUCUUUGAGCUGCUGCUCCAGCCACUGCCCUCAGGAGCAGUCAGAAGCAAAAUGACUUUCUGUCCUGUUUAACCCUGGUCACCAGGGGUGCUUCUGGCCUAGAAAUACUUCCCAAGAAUCAGAGAUUUCAUUUUUUUAAAGGAAUAACUGCUUUUUAUCUCCUAGAAUAGGGGGCUUGUCUAACCAUGUACUCCCUCCCAGUUUUUUUUUGUUUUCACAUCAUACUUCAAAUCCAAUGAUAGGAGGGAAAUCAGUAUCCUCUGGCAGAGAGAAGGAUUCAUAUGGAAAAGGGCUUGAUGUAGCUUCAUUCUGGCACAGCUACAUUGAUCCCAGUGGCCUGACUUGUGAUCAGCACUGGCAGAUGGAGCCACAUCCUCUUUGCCUGUUGGCUGAUGGUUGGCAUACCCACGAGGAAAAGGCUGCAAAGGCACCAGCUCUGAUUAAAAGCAAACCCCUUGAGCCUUCUGCUCAAGUCUGAGUGCCAGUGACUCCUGUGUGUUUGCACCCCUGGGUUUUAACCCAGUCCUUGGCUGCCCAGCUCUUGCUGCAGGGAUUUCUCCAUCACACUCCCCUUGCAAAAAAACCAGCUCCUUUUACAGUUUUAAGCCCUUAUCCCACAUGCACAAAAGGGAUAUUCAGGCCCCCAUGGAGCAGCAAACACACACACCCCUCUCUGGCAGGGGAGGGACAAGAGAGGCUGGGUAUCACUCAGGGAAUGCAGGUGCCAAGUGGAGCAGAGCACCCUGAGGGGAUGCCAUGGCUUUGCUCUCCAGCCCUGACAGGAGUUUUGCCAUGAGUUUCUGCUUGUUGUGGUUGUAUCAACAGCAGCUUUUAUAGUUACAUCAAAACCCAUGAGACCCAUGUUAAUGUGGCAGAUACAUCAUAAAUACCAGCCCAGCUCAUCCUUGGGUUGGACUGAAACUGGUGGGAAAUUCCAUGGUUUCCUGCUGGGUGUGGAGUGAGUUCUGAAAUCCAAGUGCCUUCUCUUUUGUCUGUGCCAGGGAAACACAAACCUCUGUGGGGCAAUGUGGGUGUUGCACAGAGGCUGUCACCUGAAAUGGGGCUGUGUGCCACUGUGUUUGGCAGAUGAUCAGAACAAAGGGCUGUCUCAUGGGCAGUCCCAUCAAACCACUUGCUGUGUCCCCUGUCCUGGGUGCAUCUGGAGUUGUGGGGUGAGUUUUUCUCUCCACAUCAUGCUCUGGGUAGGUGAGUGGAUGGGAAAACCUGUGUGGGGAAAAGCAAGGUCUUUGAGGGCAGUGUGACUCUUUUUAAAGUCCUCACGACCAGCAGAUCAUGUGUGUCCCACUGGCCUCAGAGCAGCUCCCUUUGCUGGGAUCCCCACACCAGGAUCCUUUUUUGUGGGGUCAGAAUGGAGAUGCAGGGUGGCAGGAGCAGAGUGUAGCAGUGUCCCCACUGUGGGAAUGUGUCCUCCAUGAAAACACAAGGAAAGGAGUUGGGGAGUACCUGCUCUGUGGGUGGGGUGUUGCUGGUGGUCAGGAGCCUGUGACUUUGUCAGGGAGAGUUUUUCUGUCUUUCCUAUCUUUGAAUUAAUGCCUGGUAAAAGAGCAAGAUGUUCCACCAGGCCGGUGAGUGUGACACCUUCAAUUUUGUCAUAAGAUGGUUUAUGUCUUCCAGGGUAAAACCAGCUGCAUUCAGUCCUUCUAAGCUCUUUGCUCCUAGCACGUGUUGUGAGGUACAUAGAGGUGCAAAGAUGUCUCUGGAGAUCACUUAUGUCCUAUCAGCCAAUAAUCUGGGCCUUCAAAAGGACAAAAAUUUGGAAUUCAUGCUGGUGUAACCCACUGACCAAGGAGCCCAUCCUACAUCUUAAAGGAUGUUUUGCAUCUUUGCACCUCAAGGCACAAAUAGCCCUGUGUCUGCUUUUCCCUUUUAUUGGCUGCAGUACUCAGACAACCCCUGAAUUUUCCAUGCUGGAGAGGAGCCUGAUGUAGGUGGUGGUGGGAGGGAGCACUGGCAGGCUGAUGGAUGCUCCAUGUUUGACUCUUGCUCAAUGGAUGGGCUGGGGUAGGAAGCUUGGGCACCAGAGCGUUUGCAUGGAACUGGUAUUGAGAAAUCUUAAACCAAAGCCUCAUCCAUUUCCAUUCAUUGCAUGGAUGAAACCAGAACUCCACACAUUUUCAAUGGUUUCUCAGCAGGUUUUGCUCCUUUUUUCUGUCAUCACCACUUAAUAGUUCAGUGGUACAUUUUUGUGAGCUCAUUUUUCUGCUUUGAUUGUUGUGCUCAUGCUUUGGGUUUUCAGGGUGGGGAGUGCAGAGACUUGCUGUGUGUUUGGUGGGGGAAGGAGGGUGAGGAGGGGAAGGGUGAGACUCAGCAGCAGGAGGAGGUGCAGUCUGUGCCUUUGGGAAGGGGACAGAGAGGGGACAGGUCUGGCAGGGGUGACCCCAGUGCGAGGAGGGGACCUGCUCACAAUGGGUCACACACUCAAGGCCCUUUCUGAUGGAAGGUGGGAGUGUUUGGGUCUCCCCUUCUCUUUGCCACAAUGCCAACCUGUGCUGGUGCCAGGUCUCCAUCACCAGAGGAAUGAGACCCAGAGGCUGGGCCAAGCCUGGCCUCCCUGGGAGCUCUGGCAUUGGCCUUGACCCCAGUUUUUGGGGAGAUAGUAGUGCUCCCUGUGGUGUUUCACUCAUUUUCUCCAUCUUGCUGUGGUGAAGAGAGGGGAGGAGAAUGGUUGGGAAUAAACAGGAGGCAAAGUCUGGGGCUGCUUUGCUCCCAAGCUGGUCUCCCAGGGAGCUGUGCCAGGAGCUGCUGAGCACCAAGGGGUCACAGGAGCUCAGCCAGCAGCAGCAGCAGUGUGAAACAGCAGCCACAGGCCAGGGAAAGGGAUGGUCACACAGGGAGGGGCCAGGCUUUGGGCCUUGAGGGUGCCAGAGUUAAGUGGGUAGGUGGGAAGGGAUCAGCUGGGAUGGGACAUUUUGUAGGAGCAGCUCAUCCUCUCCUUGCCCAGGGAGGAGGGUGAUCACCCUGCUUACAUUCAUCCCACCUGCUGUGAGUGAUUAACCUUUUAAAGAAAGGUUCCUGAGCUGCUGAAGGUCCAGUUUGUGCAGAGCCUUUGCAAAUGGAGCUCUCAGCCUGAGGAGCAGUCAGGGGCUGUGCCCACCUGGGGUCACCAGCUCUGUCUUGCUCCCACUGGAAGAGCUGGUGGAGAUGCUGCCCAAAGGAAAUGGACCCUUGUCUGCAGCACAGGCCUGCUCUGCUCCUGCUGCUCCCUGUCUCAGAUGAAGCAGGAGCAAUGUUGAUCCAGUUUGCUCAGUCCCUUUGAAUCCCAUCUCUGUGUGCUCUGUUUCUGGAGUCAAGUCAACACUUUCUGCAGUUCCUUUGACAAAAUGAGCCUCUCUGCUGGUCAGUCGUGGUUUUAUUUAUAUGUUCUUUUCUUUGAUUAGAAAGGAAAAUAUCAAAAAAUGAAAAAGUUUCCAAUAGCUGUAUUUCUAGUAGUUAUGAUUUUUGAAGCAAUACUCGUAUCCCUGUGUGUGCCUCUGAACUAUCCAUGUAUUUGUUCAGCUUUUUCAGGUCUGGGUGCGUGAAAUAUCUCUAAAGAAGAUAGCUCUGUAUGUGAUGGUGUAAAUGCAUUGUUUGUAUGUAUCUAAAGUUUAAAUAGAUUGUACAUAUGGGAUUGUAAAUGAACUGUAAACAGCAAUCUAUAUUUUCUUGAAUAUAUUAUAUAGCAGUAUAUAUUUGUUAAAUAAAUAUUCUUGUAUACUCUUCAAUAACCUUUUUAAUAUUUUGUACAGAUAAGUUUAUUAAAUAUUUUAUUGAUAAAUAGACUUCUGCAAGACUGUCUUUUGAUGACUUGUGCCUGUGUCCUAAAACUAGAGGAGCCUUUGUAAACUACCUUUAUUGCCUGGGCUACCUAAGGUGUUAAACCAAAAAUGAAAUACCCAUUCAUUUUAAACUGCCUUCCAGGGCAGCCACAGGUAUUUUCCAGUAAAUAAAGUCACAGAA